AUCUUAAGAGAGAGAUGGACUGAGACUGAGAGGCCGAGAGAGAGAAAAGGCUAGCAGCUCAAGGCAAGGCAAGGCAGGUGCCCUUCUCCUUCCCCAAACCCUUUUCCUCUUUCUCUCCGCCCAAGAACUUCACCUCAACCUCAAUCCGUCUCCUUUUGCGCAGGAGCUCGGGGAGAGUGUGGCCGGGAGAGCUUGAUCGCUGCACCACGACAUCACUAGAGAUAACAACCCCUUCCUUCUCUCCUAUGGAGGACAUCGCCCAGCACUUUGGGCUUGGGGCCAGCGGCCACGGCCACCAGCACCAUCACAACCAGCUCCCAUGGGGGUCUUCGCCGCUCAGCGCCGUCGUCGCACUACCUCCGCCGCAGCAGCAGCAACAGUCUGGCGGCUAUCUGGCGCACAGCCCGCUCUCCCUGAACACGGCGCCGUCCGGUGGAAACCACGGCGGCGGAAACCCGGUGCUGCAGCUGGCCAACGGCAGCCUCCUGGAGGCGUGCGCAAAGGCGGCUAAGGAACCGUCGUCGUCGUCGUCCUACGGCGUCGACGUGGACGCCAUCAAGGCCAAGAUCAUCUCCCACCCCCACUACUCAUCCCUCCUCGCCGCCUACCUCGAUUGCCAAAAGGUGGGGGCGCCGCCGGAUGUGUCGGCGAGGCUGACAGCGGUGGCGCAGGACCUGGAGCUGAGGCAGCGCACGGCGCUCGGCAACCUCGGCGCCGCGACGGAGCCCGAGCUGGAUCAGUUCAUGGAGGCGUACCAUGAGAUGUUGGUCAAGUACCGGGAGGAGCUGACCAGGCCGCUGCAGGAAGCGAUGGAGUUCCUGAGGAGGGUGGAGACACAGGUCAACUCGCUCUCCAUCUCCGGCAGAUCGCUGCGUAUCCUGUCCUCCGGCUCUUCUGAGGAAGAUCAAGAAGGCAGUGGAGGAGAGACAGAGCUUCCUGAGAUUGAUGCCCAUGGCGUGGACCAGGAGCUCAAGCACCAUCUCCUGAAGAAGUACAGUGGGUAUCUGAGCUCCCUCAAGCAAGAGCUGUCAAAGAAGAAGAAGAAAGGGAAGCUUCCCAAGGAUGCUCGCCAGCAGCUCCUUAGCUGGUGGGAGAUGCACUACAAAUGGCCUUACCCCUCGGAGAGCCAGAAGGUGAUGUUGGCCGAGUCAACGGGCCUCGACCUCAAGCAGAUCAACAACUGGUUCAUUAACCAAAGGAAGCGCCACUGGAAGCCAUCCGACGAGCUGCAGUUCGUGAUGAUGGACAGCUACCACCCACAUAACGCCGCCUUCUACAUGGACGGCCACUUCGUCAAUGAUGGUGGCCUCUACAGGCUUGGGUAACUCUGCCAGCCCUUGUCUCAGAACUGUGACCUCGAUCGUCUCCAAUUGCCUGUGAUCUGCUUUAUGCUGGGGUUCUUGGGUCCAACAACCCAAGAUAGUUAGCCUUUGUGUGCUGCAUGCGCUGAAAUGAGGCCACAUGCUUAUUUUUGUUUAUCCCUACGUACCUACCUAUACCAUUUGUGUGCGGAUUUGAUCGUGUUUUGUGGUUUUAUUGCUGUUGACUUGACCAUAUGGAUCACUGCCUGUUUGCUACAUGCGUUUCUACGUGCAUGUUUGAAUAAUCUAGAGCUAUCUUCUUCCUA